ACGUGGCGUGUGAUUGGCCCUGGUGACUCUCUCCAGCAGGGAUAACUCUCUCUCCUCUCCCGUUCCCUCGGUGGCCAGUGGGCGAGAGGGGGGGAGACCAGCCACACUCAACGAACAAGCCGGUGCGCGGAUCCGUCAACCUCUCCCAUUGGUCCUGGACGCCCCUGCCUCGGUCGUGCCGUUUCCCCCCCAGCUUUGCAUCUGAAUGACGGGCGGAAGGUUCGACUUCGACGACGGCGGCACUUACUGCGGGGGUUGGGAGGAUGGCAAAGCCCACGGACACGGCAUCUGCACCGGACCCAAGGGCCAGGGCGAGUACGCGGGCUCUUGGUCGCACGGCUUCGAGAUAGUCGGCGUGUACACCUGGCCCAGUGGGAACACCUACAAGGGCUACUGGUCGCAAGGCAAGAGGCAUGGGCUCGGCGUGGAGAAUAAAGGCAAGUGGAUCUACCGCGGGGAGUGGAGCCACGGCUUCAAGGGGCGCUACGGCGUCCGUCAGAGCCACAACACGCCUGCGAGAUACGACGGCACCUGGAGCAACGGGCUCCAAGAUGGAUAUGGCAUUGAAACCUACGGCGAUGGGGGUACCUAUCAAGGCCAGUGGAUGGCUGGCAUGCGCCACGGCUAUGGCGUGCGCCAAAGCGUUCCUUAUGGGAUGGCGACUGUCAUCCGCUCGCCUUUACGUACCUCCAUGGCUUCCCUGCGCUCGGAGCAAAGCAACGGCACUGUGCUUCAGGACCUCUCCUCCCCGGCCGACAUCCCCACGAGCAAUCGCGGCGGCUUCGUGCUCAACUUCCACUCGGACAGCGAGGUAGUGACGGGCAAGAAGAAGGGCCUCUUCCGCCGGGGUUCCCUCUUCGGGAGCCUCCGGCAGUUGCGCAAGUCCGACUCGCGGACCUCCAUUUCCAGCAAGCGCAGCUCGGCACGCAGUGACGCCACCAUGAGCCGCAUCAGCUCCAGCGACGCCAACUCCACCAUUUCCAUCGGCGACAGCGAGCUGCCAGACGAGGACCUUCUCUUGGAGGACCACGUGGACGCCACCACCACCGAGACCUACAUGGGCGAAUGGAAGAACGACAAGCGCAAUGGAUUUGGCGUUUCCGAGAGAUCCAACGGGAUGAAGUACGAGGGCGAGUGGCUAAACAACAAACGCCACGGCUAUGGCAUCACGGUUUUCCCAGAUGGCACCAAAGAAGAAGGGAAGUACAAAAACAACGUGCUGGUGCGUGGAAUACGAAAGCAGCUGAUUCCUCUCAAGAACCCCAAAACCAAAGAGAAGGUGGAUCGGGCGGUGGAGGGGGCCCAGAGGGCAGCAGGCAUCGCCAGGAGUAAAGUGGAAAUAGCAGCUUCCAGGACAGCCCAUGCCAGGACUAAGAGCGAGGCGGCCGAUCACGCCGCCAUCUCUGCAGUACAAGAUGCCGAAAUCUCCAGGGCGGUUGCUAGGGAGCUCGCACCAAACUUCUACCAACCAGGGCCGGACUACGUAAAACAGCAGUUUAAAGAGCCCGUGGAGAUUAAGGAGGUCCCCGUUGUGAAGAAAGACAACUCACCGAGGGAUUCCCCCCAUUUUUACCGCAAGGGUACCACCCCUCCUCAUUCGCCAUUGAAUCGUCCCGUGGGCUCGCCUCCCCACUCGCCUCACUCCAGCAAGAAGAAAGGCCAUCUAGCCCACAGCUACAAAAGCAGCAAAGAGGAGCAUCUUUCCCACAAAAUAAGCAAGGAGGAGAAGCACGCUCAUAAAAGCAACAAAGAUGAACGUUCUAGCAGGAAGCCCAACAAAGAGGAGAGGGCGUCCGUCCCCGAUGGUCCCAAAGUCGCUCCCGCGCUCAUCGAGGCUCCCGCUCAACCCGCAAAACUUCAACAGCGGAGCCCUCCGCCCGACGCCACCGUCAAUCCUCCUUCAGUCCCCGUCAACGGCCAGCUCCACACAGAGUACCACAGUUACUACGUCAAGCCCCCGGUAAGGGGCCCUCCACCCCCGGAUCCAGAGGAGGACCCCGAGGAAGAGCCGAGCGCUCAGGCCCUGGCACGCCUGCCACCGCAACCCAGGUCUCUUAGUACUCCGACCCCAAAACCGGCCUCCGUACGGGACUGCAAGGGCGACCCCAAACUCAGGAAGCAAGAUUCCCUGAAGCCAAAGAGCCUCGCAGACACAAAGAAAGCCAGCACGGAGAUUGCGGAAAGCGCAGAGGAAACUGGUCCUAACUCCAUCCUGGUCGCUAUGGUGAUGCUGUUGAAUAUCGGCCUUGCAAUUAUAUUUGUCCAUUUUCUGACAUGAUACUGCUCAUUCUUACUGAAAAAGACGGCAAGCUAUGCAGUUGCAUCGCCCAGCUUGAAAAAAGAAAAUGCCGCAGAUGAGUCGCGGUGCCAGCCGGAGGUGUUUGGUUAACAGCGUAACACCGCAGAGAAUCGGGCGUCACUACCACCGACCUGUCACGGGCCUCGCGUGGACCACCAGUGCCAAUUAGCACUCCUUUGGGCUUCUGGAAAAUCUGAGGUGAAAUGUUGUGUCUAGUGAGUUGUAAUAAACCAAUCAAACGUAGUGGAAGUCGUUUCAACCCGCUGUCGGCGCCGAGGCGAGGCGAGCGGAGGCCCCGAGGAGGCGGCGGCCUGACGGACUUUGCUGCCGGGAGAAAGCAGAGCUGCACUUUUAGAUGACGGAAGCAAAGAGCUGCCUUUCUAUUUUGACAUCGCCAGGAGGUGACGAUGGCGGCGGGGUGUGAGUGAGGUGUGGAACAGUCGCAGUAGGAGCGUUUUUUUUUUUUUUACUUGGGGGGUUGGGGAGUUCCCGCCGCUUUAUACAACAGCAAGCUGGUCGGGCUGUGUUCCUAAGAUGUCAGUGCUAGCUCGGUCACUCGCCAGUCUUAGCGUUUUCAAAGCACUUCAUGUUUGUCCAGCUCCAUCCAGCACUACUCAUAACCCCCCUGCCCCCCCUCCCCAAGUUGCAUGGUACUUUUUUGGCAUUUUCUUUGCAUUGUAUUGUGUUUACUCCUUGUCUUUCUUGGGAUAGUGGAAGCCCUUUAAUUUAAUUUUUUUCAAUUCCCACACCGAUUGAGUUGUAUUUUAUUGUAAAUGCAAGUGCAAUAUGUAUUUUAUUUUUCAAAAAGGUUUGGAAUAUAAUUUGCCAAAAAUUAAACUAUAUCAUUAUUCCUAGAGUAUAAUUUAGCAUAGAGUUGGGGAAUCCAUAUCUUAUCUCAUUCAAAAGAACAUUUGAUUCAAUCUGGAGUUCCAUUUAAGAGAUACCGUUUUUUUCCAUGUAUAAUGCGCAAAAUCUAACUACCGUAUUUUCCGCACUAUUAGGCGCACCGGAUUAUAAAGCGCACCUUCAAUGAACGGCCCAUUUUAAAACUUUGUCCAUAUGCGCACCGGAUUAUAAGGCGCAUAAAAUAGAAGCUAUACUGCAACAAACUGAGGUUGACUAGGGUUGCGGUAUGCAUCCACUAGCCAAUAACCAACGAGCUGUAAACAAUCGCGUUUCUCAAACGAUCUCCGAUAAAAUGACCGGAACUGACUAAAGUUAGAUCUAUUGCAUUCGUACUACUUACCUAUGUUUCCCUUCCAUAUCGAUCCGUAGAUUUACUUGAAACAUUAACAGAGCAGCCUAUUUUGACAUGAAAUACCCUGGCGCGUAUAGCAGCUAUCGUUAUAGCAUUAGCCAUCAGCAAUUUCCCAUGAGCCUCAGCUCGCAAUCUCCCAUGAGCCUCAGCAAAGUGUAAACAAUCGCGUUUCUCAAACAAUCUCCUAUAUAAUGAUCGGAACUGACUAAAGUUCGAUCUAAUGCAUUGGUACUACUUAGUACUUACCUAUGUUUCCCUUCCAUAUCGAUCCGUAGAUUCACUCGAAACAUUAAUAGAGCAGCCUAUUUUGACAUGAAAUACCCUGGCGCGUAUAGCAGCUAUCGUUAUAGCAUUAGCCAUCCGCAAUUUCCCAUGAGCCUCAGCUCGCAAUCACCCAUGAGCCUCAGCAAAGUGUAAACAAUCGCGUUUCUCAAACGAUCUCCUAUAAAAUGAUCGCAACUGACUAAAGUUCGAUCUAACGCAUUGGUACUACUUACCCAUGUUUCCCUUCCAUAUCGAUCCGUAGAUUUACUCGAAACAUUAACAGAGCGGCCCAUUUUGACAUGAAAUACCCUGGCGCGUAUAGCAGCUAUCGUUAUAGCAUUAGCCAUCCGCAAUUUCCCAUGAGCCUCAGCUCGCAAUCUCCCAUGAGCCUCAGCAAAAUGUAAACAAUCGCGUUUCUCAAACGAUCUCCUAUAAAAUGAUCGGAACUAACUAAAGUUCGAUCUAACGCAUUGGUACUACUUACCUAUGUUUCCCUUCCAUAUAAAUCUGUAAAUUUACUCGAAACAUUAACGGAGCAGCCUAUUUUGAAAUGAAAUAGCCUCGCGGGUACAACAGCUAUUCGGUGACGCCCCCUGACUACAGUUGCCGUAAUGUUGGGAAGCGAUGCGACCUUGAAAUUUACUAGUCGUACUAAAACGUACUGAAACAUUUUGGCAGAGCACUGUGUACAACCAGUAUGGAUCAACAACGGCCAUUUCAAGUUCCUCCCUCUUCAUCAUCAUCAUCAUCGGUUUUAAGUCCGCUUUCCAGGUGCCGCUCGGUUGGACUGGGUUCUCAAUAUGUCUUUCUUCCACCGGGAACGAUCCAUGGCCAUCUCGUGAUUGAUGCCGAGUGCCUUCAUGUCGGCUGCCACGGUCGUCUGCCAGGUCUUUUUAGGUCGGCCACUGGGUCUUGUUCCCUCUACGUUAUACGACGUAACUUUCUUCACCCAGUCGUUCUCGUCCUUCCUCACUACAUGUCCGUACCAUCACAGUCUGCCUCUCCUCACCACAUCCACUAUGGCCUGCACUCCCAUCAUCUUUCUCAGCUCUGCACUGGUCUUUUCCUCCCUCAUUGACACAUCCAUCUGAUCAUCCUCAUUUCUGCUCUGUUUAGUUUGUCUUCACCAUACUGAGAAUAUUUUUGGAGCAAAAACUUUUUACAGUCGGAUGCCCUUCCUGACACCAACCUAAGGGGAAAUUGAUUUUCUGUAGGGGUUGACCCCCUUAGCCCAUUCCUCUCCCGAGGAGCCCACUGGGCAGUGGUACUAUUUAACCCAUCUUGAUAUUUUUUAACUGUUUUUCCACAAGUGUUGGCUUUAGCAAGAGUCAUUAUCACGACUGGGAGCAUGAGCCGAUUUCUUAACCAGCCUGAAGUUGCGCAGAUUGUCCAACUCCUCCAGGAUGUCACAUCAAUGCGUGCUGUUGCAAGAAGAUUUGAUGUGUCUCCCAGUACAAUCUCCAGAGCGUGGAGGAGAUUCCAGGAGACUGGCAGUUUCUCUAGGAGAGCUGGACAGGGCCGUAGAUGGUCCUCAUCCCAUCAGGAGGCCCUAUAUCUGCUGCUUUGUGCAAGGAGGAACAGGUUGAGCACUGCCCGAGCCCUACAGAAUGAUCUCCAGCAGGCUACUGGUGUGAAUGUCUCUGCCCAAACAGUCAGAAACAGACUUCUUGAGGGUGGCCUCAGGGCACGACGUCCUGUAGUGUGCCCUGUGCUCACUGCUCAGCACGGUGGAGCUCGAUUGGCAUUUGCCAUAGAACACCAGAAUUGGCAAGUCCGCCACUGGCGCCCUGUGCUUUUCACAGAUGAGACCAGGUUUACCUUGAGCACCUGUGAUAGACAUGAAAGGGUCUGGAGAAGCCAAGGAGGGCGCUAUGCUGCCUGCAACAUCAUUCAGCAUGACCGGUUCGGUGGUGGGUCAGUGAGGGUCUGGGGAGGCAUUUCCAUGGAGAGACAAAGAGACCUCUACAGACUAGAAAACGGCAGUCUGACAGCCAUUAGGUAUUGGGAUGAAAUCCUUGCACCCAUGGUCAGACCCUACGCUGGUGCAGUAGGUCCUGGGUUCCUCCUAAUCCACGACAAUGCCCGGCCUCAUGUGGCAAGAGUAUGCAGACAGUAUCUGGAGGAUGAAGGAAUUGACACAAUUGAAUGGCCCUCACGAUCAACUGAUCUAAACUCGAUGGCAGACCACCUCUGGGACAUAAUGUUUUGGUCCAUCAGACGCCGCCAGGUUGCUCCUCAGACUUUACAGGAGCUCACUGAUGCCCUUAGACAGAUCUGGGACGACAUCCCACAAGACACCCUCCGUCGUCUCAUUUGGAGCAUGCCGCGACGUUGUCAAGCAUGCAUACAAGCACGUGGGGGCCACACAAGAUAUUGAAAGGAGUUUUGAGUUGCAGAAAUUGAAUUUAGGCAAAAAAGACGAGCCUGCCACAGCAUUUUUCCACUUUGAUUUUUGGGCUGUCUAUAUACUGAGCCCUCUGUAGGCUGAAAACUUUUAUUUCCAUGAAAAGAUUGGGCAUCCUUUCGUUCCUGAGACAUCAAACUGUCCAUAUCAGUAUAGAUAUCCCCCCAAAAGAUUUCACCAUUGAAAUCUGAUGUUUUCAAAGUGUUCCUUUAAUUUUUUUGAGCAGUGUAUAUAUAUAUAUAUAUAUAUAUAUAUAUAUAUAUAUAUAUAUAUAUAUAUAUAUAUAUAUAUAUAUAUAUAUAUAUAUAUAUAUAUAUAUAUACAUGUAUUAUUAUUUAUACAUUAUUAAUGUAAUUUAGCCUUCAGAAGACUGAAAUGGGCCGAUAUAGCAAUAACGUUACCUGCUCCUGAUGUCGAUUGACAGCUAGCAAAGGAAGUUUAUUGACGCUGCCUGUCGAGAGUUUCGUUAAGAAUUUAUUGUUAUUUAUUGAAAUCCAAAUCAGAUGUUUGAAUAUGUAUUGCAACACGAUACCACUGGGGAGGAGUUGGAAUUAUUCAGGUGUGCUGAAGAGGAACGAUAGCUUUUAAAGUCUUUAACAGUACUACUGUUUACCUUUUUCAAAGAGAAGGAUGUUGAAAGUCACCAUCCUUGUCUUAAUAUUGCGCAGGAUACUCGUGACUGUUGUCAUCCGCUGAGUCAUGUUUAAACUCUCCUCACAAGAACUGUUGCAGCAAAGGCAUGACUAUCUUUGACUUUUUUUUUAAUGGUUACUUUAUAUUAGUUAGCAUAAAACAACAGAACAUGAUAUGUAUUAUGCAAUUUUUCACAGUUUCAAAUCGUUUCUUGGUGUCUUUACAAAAGGGUUGACAUUCUUCCAUCACAAUACACAAAAGAAUACCGAAUAUUUGUCGCCAUGACAACCGGGGCAGAGCUACGAGCUAGCGGCAAAGCAAGCAAUUACUCUGUUGCUAACUUGGUGACCUUUACAACCUCCUUAUAAUUUUUUAGUGGCGUUUUUAGGGACGUCCGAAGUCUCUGCUGCAAGAGAUGUUCUCCAUAUAGUUAGCUUACGCUCAUCUGUGCUAACACUGCAGCUCUGCUUACCGUUUUUGUUUUUUUCGGCUUUGACAUGAUAGUGCUUCCGUGAAGUCCGGCUGCCGGAAUCUGGUCGUUGCUUGACAAUGGUGACUCUAGGUCAGGUGUAAAGAUUUUACCUUUUUUUUUUUUUUAUUUACAAAUUUUUCAAUUUUACGGAGUAGUCUUGAGGCAGCAAAUUAUUGUUAUUGAAUCAAAAGUGGCUCUGUUGCAGCCAGUAAGUAAUUACAAAAGUAAUGCACUCCAUGUCCAUGUAUUAAGCGCCGCACAAGAAUCAAAUAUUAAUCAAAUAAUAUGCCCAUUCUGGUCAUCAUUAAAAAGGGCUUUAAUAUUGAUUCGUUUUCAUUGCUUCGAACCUUUGACAAAGUCUUAAUUAAUCCAUACAGUUCAUUACAUUUGUAAAACUGUGACAGCACAACCAUAUAAAAGCAUUCUAAUGCGAUGUAUUCGAAUUGAAAUAAUCGAAAAGAUAGAAACAGGGUGAGUCAGCCAGCAUCUUCUCAAACAGCACCGUUAUUUUGUCUUUAGCUCCAUGAAGACAAGAGUUUUGUGUGAAUUGAACUGUUUUGGGGAUCUUAUUUAUUUAUCUAUUUUUUAAACGCAACAUUGCAUCUUGGAGACAUUUCUAUAUAGACAAUCUAUAAUAUUUCUAAGGAUUUUUACAGAGCACAAUACAGAAUCUGGUAUGAAUGACGAUGGAUAUUUUUCUAACAAUUUGCACACCUGUAUUUUGACAGUGGCUAUAACAUGUUUGUAAUUGGGAACGUAAUGCACAUUAUUCUAAUGUUUGACAGUGAGAUGGGGGGAAAAAAAUCGACAUUUCUAACCGUAUGUAUCGUUUGAGGACAUGAAAGGCGGAUAGAUGUUUCCUUAUGAGUAUUUGGGGGAAAUGUUGGAAACUUUUGAGACCUCAAGGCUCAUGAUUUGUGCAAAGUCUUUGUCAAUGACUUUAUGUGUAUAACAAUAAAAAAAUUGAUGCCUUGUUAUGUGA